UAAAUAUUAAUUAAGAAUAUUUGUAUAAGUACUCUUAUAAAUUUUAUUACAAUUUACACUUAAUUACUCAAUUGAAUUGAUAUACCGAACAUUAUAGCGUUUUUGGUUAUUACUUUUAUCAGUUGACAGUGACAUUGGUUCAGUAGUAAAAAAGUUAAAGAGGACGUAGCAGUUUUUCUGCCUAAAUAACAUUUUUAAAAUUAUAGGAUCGGAGGAAUAGAGUAAUAAUGGGUUCGCUAGUGAAAAAACUAUUUGACCAACUCAAAAGCAAGGAAUUUAGGGAAUAUUUGAUGAGUACCCACUUCUGGGGUCCCGUUGCAAAUUGGGGUAUACCACUGGCAGCAAUUGCAGACACACGAAAAGAUCCUGUCUUCAUUAGUGGCAAAAUGACACUUGCUCUGACGUUAUAUUCCCUGAUGUUUAUGAGGUUCGCGUGGCGAGUGAAGCCGAGGAAUAUGCUACUGUUCGCCUGCCACUUUACCAACGAAUGCGCUCAAAUCACACAAGGUGUAAGGUUCGUGAACUACCACUACAUACAGGGCGGAGAGACGGAUCAGAAGACAGACCUCAAGAAAUAGACAAAUCAUUUAGAAAAUUCUAGAACUAAUAUUAGGGUCUGUUUACAUGGGCAAUAUUAGUACAAAUAAUGAAUAUAUAAUUGUUAUGCGUCUGAGUUAAAUAUUUAAAAGGGAUGCUGUAGUUUUUUUCCUUAAUUUAUGAGGGUAUUUUCGACUAACUAGUGUUGGGUUGUCUAUUGUUAAAUACAUAUCAAUGUUUAUUUUGAGAUUGUCUAUGGUCAGUUUUGUAUUAAAACUUUUAAGUGCUGUUUCCAAGGCAUUUGAAAACUGAAGUUAUACAAAAAGUUUUGAAAUGUAUAAAAUAUAUUGAUUUUUAGUGUUGUAUUAGUAAACUGGCCUAGUUAGUAUCUAAUUUACAGAGAUAUUAGACGAGUAAAUAAUGCUACGAAAAUCUUUAUAAGAAAAGUAAAUCAAUAAGCACUGUUUUUAACCGGACUUGAAAAAGAAAUUCGAUAAAUCUAAUUUGAAAUAAUUAUGUUAGUUUAGAGACAGUGCCUAAAUUGAAGCUUUUUUUAACUAGUGGAGAUGAAUUUUGAUAUUGUAAUUUCGCCCGUGUAUAGCAGUCCUUAUUUGCGGUGCUUACUUGCGUAGAACGUACACAGUAGUAGAUAUUAGUAAAUGGUUGUAUUGAAACGCCUCGGCCACAACCGAAUGUGGGUAUUUGUAGAAAUAUGUUGACAAUAUAUUGGUUGUAUUGUAUAAGAAAAAAAUGUGUUUUAAACCUCUUUAAGAGUAAAUUUAAAUUCUUUUUAAUAGAACGUUUUACAAAAUGUGAUUUUUGAGUUACCAAAUAUUUUUGUUGUACUACCCUCAUCUGCCAAUUUGAAGCUUAUUUUCUAUGUGACUUAAGUCUAUUUUUGAAUAGAUUAAUAAAUAAUGAAUAGUGAUAUGUAAUAAUUUUGACACGUUUUUAUUGUUUGCCAUGAUAUUUUUUCAAAUAUUUGACAAAACAGUUGGACUAUCUUUAAUUUUUAUUUCAAUUCAAUGUUCUAUGUCUUUCCUAUGAUGUAGUUUUAAAUGUUUGCCACAUGAAUAUAUGGUUUUAUUAUGUUUGUUUCUUCGCAUAAUCUGUGAACUUUACCGUAUAGAGUUGUGGUCGUGUUAUUUACUCUAUGGCGUUGUAGUUUGUAAAUAAGUAUAUUUUUCGAAUAUUUAUUAAAUUGAAUAUACCCCGUUAUUGAUCUGU